GUGCCUCUCAGACCUACUCUGCAAGAGCGGACUGUUCAGCACCGCCAUCUAGCAGUGAAUUUAAAAACCAAGUAGAUCGAGGCGUACAAGAUUAUCAAUAUAUGCAGCGUUGUGACGCGAGCGCCGCCCUUGGGGAGAGCCUCUCACGGCAACGUGUCUCGACCUGUCGGACGGGCAGGUCAUCUACGCACAUCUACAUCUUCUCCGACGAGUCUCUCUCCAUUGGUGACAGACUCUUCGGGUUCCGGUACAACGUGCAGCCUUCCUCCACCGAGAGAUCAUGUGCCCGCCACGAACUUCAAGCCAACUCAAGAUCGCCAAACCGAGAUGCUACAUUUGUCAUUUAUGAUGCGAUAAAGCAGGUUACGGAGGUAAUAGGGAAUACGAUUCACAAUCGUAAGUUGCAAAGUCGAUUUCGCAGAGAACUUUUGCAGAUGCAAGUGCUCAAUUCUCGAUUAGUGAUCUUUGUCAAAAGUGGCAACGAGAAAAUUCGGUUCCGAGUUUUCAAUACUUUAUUGCGAUCCCUUAGACUUGAGUAUCGCGCAUCGCAAACUGUGGAGAACUGGGUUUGUACCGUUGGGGAAUGGUAGUAGGCUUGGGAGUUCGAUAUUGGAUUUCAUGUUGGGGUAUAAUCAAAAGUAAAGAUCUGCUUUUUUACAUACGAUCAUCGACUGAGGAUAAUUUGUUAAUGUAACGGGUUAGAACCCGGUUUUAUUCUUCCCAGGCGCCUUCGCCUGGUCACAUGAACUCGAGAAUUCCCGAUAUCAUGUGUCUUCGUUCUCUCUGCUCUUCGUUCUCUCUUCUCUCCUCAGAGAAUUCUACUUAGUUAAUCAAACCACUAGUCUUCUUUGUGUAAGGGCCUAGCCCGUCACAGUUAGUUGCCAUUCGCGUGAUACUCCCUUACUAGGUUAGCUUAACUACAGAGGCAAAUACACCCUCUACUGGC